CAUAUAUAUUUUUUGGCUAGUGAGCUUCACGAGAGUACAGAUAACAUAACAUAUUUUGGAAAUUUUAAAAUAAUAAUCAAGUGAAAUGAAGACAUAUCUGAGUCUGGCGCUGUUUGCUGUGAUUAGUACAAUUCGAGCUCUACCAACAGGUUCACAGUGGGAAGAAGAUCCCGAGCUGACUCCCGGCUUCUUUGAAGGCGAUAUUAUCUUGAGACCGUCAAGGCGCAAUGGUAUGAGCGAUGCAACUCAUUAUUGGCCAGACGGUAUCGUCUACUAUAAAUUUUGCGAAGGAUUUGAUGAUGAACGAAAGGCUUUCAUAAGAAAAGCGAUGAAGAUUAUUGAAGAAAUGUCGUGCGUACGUUUUAAAGAAGCGAGCGACCAGCCGUUCUUUGUCAAUAUAACGGAAAAUCCUGGCGGCUGUUAUUCAACUAUUGGUUUUAUGGACGACAUUUCUACAUUAAAUUUACAGAAUUAUCCCAUAAAUACGGGCUGUUAUCGACCCGGUAAAAUAAUUCAUGAAUUGUUGCACAUACUCGGUUUCUAUCACAUGCAGAGCAAUUACGAUCGGGACGAUUAUAUUCGGAUAGCCUAUGAGAAUGUUAUGCCAAACUUUGUGCACGACUUUACAAAAUACACUAAGGACUUUGUUAAAGACUUUGGUGAAAAAUACGACUAUGGCAGUAUUAUGCAUUAUUCGCCGCUUGCUUUUUCGGCAAAUGGUGAAAAAACUAUAGUGCCGUUGCAAGAAAUACCGGAGGGUUUAAUGGGCCAACGCAAGGCCUUAAGUAAAAGUGAUUUAAUCAAGUUGAACAAAAUGUAUAAAUGCAGUUUGUAAUAUUGAGUUGUGUGUGAAGGGCAAAGAGACGAAUUUAAAUGGCCCCAUAAUACUAUAUAACAAGUGUGCUAAGAUAUCUUUCUUAAUUUUACAAUUUCUUUCGAUUUUCGUGUAAGUGUAAUUUCUAUAAAUAUUUAUAACAAAGUUAAAUCUCAGAAAUUUCUCAAUAUUUUCAAAAUCUUUUAACUAAAUGCUACCGUAAGAAUUGGACAGUAUAAAUAGAACAAAAGUUAGACGCAAUCAAUUUUUAAAUUAAAAUCUCUAAUUCUAGGAAAGUAUAAUAGAUGACAAAUCAAAUAUGACGUCCUAUUUAAAUAGGUUUAUUAUAUCAAUAAAGGCUUGUAAAAUAUAUUCCAAAAAUA